AUGCGGGGGUGGUAUCUCGUUUCCCUCCUCCGUGCUCUGCCCCCACCCCGUGGACUUGGCGAUGUUGCAACGGAGCCCGAGCGAGGUCCCAGCCCUGCUCCAGGCCUUCUCGGCGCUGGCUGGGCCCGCAGCUUCUUCUUCGACCUCGUCCGGGCAGCGUUGGAGGCAGCGCCGUUCGCGGGAUCCGCACUAUCACCCUCCGCCUGGCUGGGCUCCCGCUUGUUUGUAGCCACGGCGGCAGCAGGAGUACCGUCGCACACAGCGGCAGCCGUUACGACCACCUCCGCCCCUCCUACAGCCGCUGCCUCCGUCGAUGCCCCCACCGGCCGUGGCAGUGCCGGUUCCUCAGCCUGUGACAGCGCUGCCCCCGAUCCCGAGCCCGGUCAAAAACCCUCUGCAGGUGGCAAGGCAAACGCGGCCGUGGCCAAGGGUGAAGAUGAGCCGCCGCCAGCGGCAGCGGUAGCCUCGGCAGCCUCCCAUGCUUCCCCUGCAGUCUCUGCAAACUCCGUCGCCGCCGGCACCAUCUCCGUUGCCCUGAGAGCAGCAGCCCCUACAGGCAUCCCUCCAGUCGCCGCGUCGCCAGCAGCCGCCGUGUCCGCGUCCACCCUUGCCGCUGGCUCGUGGGUCUCCGCUCCUGCGUCAUCCUCAGCCUCCUCGGCAGCAGCAGACUCCGCUGCUGGUUUCUCGGAGUGCCUCUCCCGAUCCCCCUGCCCCGUUGAGCAGGAGAAGGCCGCUGCGGCGGCGAUGCAGAUGCUGCGCAUGCUGCCCUUGAUCGGGCUGGUGCCGGGUUCCCCUAGCUCCGCUUUGGGGCCUGGUCCUGCUUCUCUGAGGCGGCUUGCCCUUGCCGCCCUACAGGCACCACGCGACAUUGUGUCGGCUGCCGCGUCCGUGCUACGCUGGAUGGACGGGCGGCUUUCUUGGAUUCUGGCCGAGUAG